AUGCGGCAACUUUGGAAACGAAAUAUUUCAGUUCGACCCGAAUUCGAGCCUCACAGUGUAAUUAAAGUGAUUUCGAAAUUAAAAGUAAAUGAAAACUCACACGAUGAGAAGAUUUCUAAAAAAAACUCGUCUGAAAAGAAAAUUGCAAGGGAAAACAUUCCUGAAAACAUCAACGAAAUGGGAAUUCAAAUGAUAUCAAGACAUUUGUUUAAUCAAAUAUUUAAGAAAACAAAUAAUACAAAAAUCGGCAGCGAAUAUAUUGACAAAUAUAGAAAAGAACUCGAACGGCAUGGAAUAAAAAAUAUUGAAAAUGUACAAGUUGAAGAUGUGAAGCUCAAUCUUCCCAAACUCAGGGGAGAAAAUAUUGAAGAACACUUUCAAAUCAUUGCCAAAGAACAAGUUGAACCAUAUCAAAAAUUAGUUUCACAAAUUGUUAACUCAACGCUUCCAGAAAUGCCAAAAGAAUGGUCCUUCACUCCUGGUUGGACACGUUACGAUCCUGUAAAAGGACCACAGUCAAUCUUACAUCCUGAAGAAACUGCACUCGUGUUUGAUGUUGAAGUUUUAGUUCCUGUUUCGCAAGCCCCUGUUAUAGCAUGUGCUGUAGGCUCUAAAUAUUGGUAUUCCUGGACCAGUAAGAAGUUAACAAAUCCUUCUAGACAUGACACAAAGAACAAGAAAGUGUCAACUGAAGAUAUGAUUCCACUUGAAUCAAAUUCCGAAGAUGUUUCGUUUAAUUUAAGUGAAAAAUUUCGAACUCCUCGAAUAAUCAUUGGCCACAACGUUUCAUAUGAUCGCGCUAGAAUUAAGGAACAAUAUUGGAUUGAAAACACAGCCACACGUUUUCUCGACACGAUGUCGCUUCAUGUUUGUGUGAGUGGCAUCACAAGCUACCAGCGUGCUAUGCUUAAAGCUCAUAAAGAACUUUCAGAAGACGAUCAAAUGUGGGGAAGUUUGACUUCACUUAAUAGCCUUACAGAGGUUCAUAAUCUUUAUUGUCAAAAGGAAGAACGAUUAAGUAAAGAAAGGAGAAAUAUUUUCAUGGAAGGAACAAUGAAAGAUAUUCGUGAUGACUUUCAAAAUCUUAUGAAUUAUUGUGCCAAUGAUGUUGUAGCGACAAAUGAAGUUAUAAAAAAACUGUUUCCUAUGUUUGAAGAAAGAUUUCCACAUCCAGCUACGCUUGCUGGAAUGUUAGAAUUAGGAACCGCUUAUCUUCCAGUCAACAGCAAUUGGACACGAUACAUUAAUGAAGCUAACUUAACUUAUGAAGAUUUUGACAUCGAAUCGAAAACUCUUCUCUCACAAAGAGCUGACAAUGCUUGUCGUUUGAUGCAUAAUGAGAAAUAUAAGCAAGAUUUAUGGAUGUGGGAUCAAGAUUGGAGUCAGCAAGAUUUAAAAUUGAGAAAAGGAAAGCCGACAGUCAAAGAUUCUCAAGAUACGAAAAUAAAUUCUUCCGAUGAAAUGGAAAAUCUUUCGAAAAAGUUUGAGAAAAUAAUGAAUAAAAUGUUUUUACUUCCUGCUCGUCGUACACUUCUUCCCGGAUAUCCUUUGUGGUAUCGAAAGCUUUGUGAGAAACCAAACGAUGACAACGAAUGGAAGCCUGGACCUGUCGAUAUUGGAACUGGAAUGCAAGUUGCACCAAAGCUUUUAUCACUCUGUUGGGAAGGUUAUCCACUCCACUACAUUCGAGGCGAGGGUUGGGGCUUUCUUGUGCCAAAUAAAUCUGAAAGACCUGAUAAUGAAGAUGGAAAAAUUCCACUUGAAGCACUUGUUAAGAAAUGUCCAGUUCUUGGCGUUAAAAAUAAAGCAAGCGAAAAUGAAAGCUCUGAAGCGAUGGCAAAUCUGUGGAAAAAUGUCGAAGAGAAUUUAAGUAAGAAAAGUUAUUAUAAUAAGAAAAAGAAGAAGAAUUAUGAGGAUUUUGUUCGUGAAAGGUAUUGUGGGUCAGGCGUGUGGUGCGACAUUGAACUUGAGAAUUGUUGUUGGUUCUUUAAACUUCCACAUAAAGAUGGCAAAUCAAAGAAUGUUGGAAAUCCAUUGGCAAAAGAUUUCAUUAAUAAAUUUUCGGAAAAUGUGUUAUCGGGUGAAGGAAAAAUUCCAGAACGAAUCAUUGAAAUCGCUCGAAUGCUUUCUUAUUGGAGAAAUAACAGAGAUCGUAUUAUGGGGCAAAUUGUUUGUUGGUUGCCAUCGUCGAUACUUCCAAAGCAUCUUGCAAAUAGUGAAAUGGAGUAUGGAGCGAUAAUACCGCAAGUUGUUGUUUGUGGAACACUCACAAGACGAGCUAUGGAACCGACAUGGAUGACAGCAAGCAAUUCGAAACUUGAACGUGUUGGUUCUGAAUUACGUGGAAUGGUUCAAGCACCUGCUGGAUAUAAGAUUGUUGGUGCUGAUGUUGAUUCUCAAGAGCUUUGGAUUGCUUCAGUUUUAGGUGAUUCUGGGAUGAAAAUUCAUGGUGCGACGCCAUUUGGAUGGAUGACUUUAAGUGGAAGCAAAUCAACUGGAACUGAUCUUCACACAAUAACAGCAAAAGCCAUCGGAAUAUCAAGAGAUCAUGCUAAAGUUAUUAAUUAUGCGAGAAUAUAUGGUGCUGGUCAGAACUUCGCACAAACACUUUUGAAACAAUUCAAUCCUUCGAUAUCUGAAAGUGAAGCAAAAUCGAAAGCAAUUAAAAUGUUUUCGUUAACAAAAGGCAAGAAACUUUAUCAUCUUUUGCCUGAAUAUCACGAUGAUUAUCCAAACAAAGGAUACUCAAGCUAUGAAGCACUUCAAAUAUCGUCGAUUAAUCGUAAGAAUGUUCUUGAAAUGUUCACAAAAGCACAAUGGAGUGGUGGAAGUGAAAGUGCGAUGUUCAAUAAGUUGGAGGAAAUUGCUGAUAGUGAAUUGCCAGUCACACCAUUUCUACAUGGACGUCUCAGUCGAGCUCUUGAGCCACAAACUGGAAUUGAAGAUCGUUUUCUUCCAACGAAAAUUAAUUGGGUUGUUCAGAGUGGAGCUGUUGACUUUCUUCAUUUGAUGUUGGUUUGUAUGCGAUGGUUGAUGGGAGAUCGCAUCAAGUUCUGUCUCAGUUUUCAUGAUGAAGUUCGUUACAUUGUUAAAGAUGAAUUUGCUGAUCGUGCGGCUCUCGCUAUGCAUGUGACGAAUCUUUUAACAAGAUCAUUUUGUGUGUCACGACUUGGACUUCAAGAUCUGCCUCAAUCAAUUGCCUUCUUCACAUCGGUUGAAAUUGAUUCGAUUCUUAGAAAAGAAGCUGAAAGUGAUUGUAAGACACCAUCAAAUCAACAUGGAUUUUCAGCUGGAUAUUCAAUCAAACCUGGAGAGUCUGUUGAUAUUUAUGAAGCCAUUAAAAGAGCUGGUGAUGAUUUGUCAUCAUGGGAGUGGCAUAAGAAUUAAUAAAACUCAAUUAAUUU